CAACAUUGACAAAUAACAAAAGGAUCAACUGAGUGCGUAACAGUUGAGGGCAAGCGACCAACAGAUAUUGUAUAUUGCAGUAAACAGAUACAUUUAUACUAGUUGUGCUUAUCCCACAUAUAGAGAGUAAUAUAGAAAAUAUAAAUUGAAGAACUGAAGAUAAGAAAAGUAAAAAAGAAAUUUAUUGAAGUUUAUUAUAAGAAAGCAAUCGUAUGGAAUAAAUUUUCUUCAUGCAAGUAUAUGGUCCGUUUAACUACCUUCAUACAUCGAAUGGACAAAUGUUAAGCAAUGGAUGGUAUGUUAUCUGGACGAAGUGUUGGAGAAGAGGCAAAUCCAAUUUGUAAAUAAUCAAUAAACUCAAGCUAUGCUUUUAAGUGCUUGCAACAUGUGCAAAAAGGUGUCAUAGCGAGAAACAUUACAAUUCAUAAGAAUCCAUUCGAAUGCGUUGAACAAAAAAUCCAACAAAAACAACAAUAAGUGAACAUUUUACUUUAAAAGAAAUAAAAGAAAAACGAAUCAAGUUGGAAAAAAAUCCUACAAAUAAAAACAAUAGAAAAAAGUGGAAAACUGCAAUAUUACAUACUCAUAUACUGGCACCAAGUGAAAACGAAAUAAACGUUUGUCUUCAGUACGCACCCAACAGUAAUGUUCCAAUUGUUCUCGUACUCAAACAGUCAAACAAAAACUUAGCACUUAUAUUGUCACAUGCACAACACACAUAGUUGUUGUGAACAAACAAUAUUUUGUUGCAUUCAACAACAGCAACUGUUUGUACUAUUGCCAUUGUGCGGGAAAAUGCUGAAAACAAUUUAACAACAUCAACAGUAACUGCAGUGGCAGCAUCAACAACAAUUGCUAUUGAAAUUGUUCAUCUUAAUAGUACAUGUGUGUGUUUGAGUGCUUGAAUGAAGGAAUGAAUGAAUGAGUGAAUGGGAGUGUGUAAUGUUUAUAUUGAGUGUUGUAAUAUCAGUUUGUGCAUCAAAAUAAAAUGUUAAAUGUGUCACAUGUGACAUUUCUAUAAACAUAUAUAGACAAUUUAACGACAACCCGAAUUACGGCCAAAAUAGAAAUCAUACAAUAAAACUUUGUAAACUAACGACAUCUUUUCCUUCGUGCAUCCCUACAACCGUAUGCUGCCGUGGAAAUACUCGUGCUCUUAAAUUUAUACAUAAUAUUUAUACUAUAUAACGCCAUCUCUACGCUUUUAAAUAAUCCUCAGUCACCAUUUUUUUGUUUUUUACGCAAAUUGAGAACAUAAUUUUUUCAUUUUGAUUUUUUGCUUUUGGUUGGAAGCAAACAAACAAAUUUUAUAAUCACCAUCUAUUGGACCAACAGCUGCUACAUUUGUAGGUGCCAUUAUUAACGUUCCAAGUGCACAAUUCCCUGUUGCAGCAAAAUUUAUUCAAUUUUUUUCUCGACUUUACUUCUGCCAUCAAAACAAACAAAUCAAAAAAAAUAAAGAGAAACAACUUUAAACGAAAUCUCUGGCAGUGUUGCAAUGUUUUAAGUUUUUUUAUUCGUUUUGUGAAUGAAUUUGUUUCGCCUCCCACAUUUGGCAUCAGUACCUGAACCACUACAACAGCAACAACGCAAACAAAUAACUACAGCUAUUACAUUUACAAAAACAUCUCGUGCUACUGCUGCCAUCAUCUGGUUGCUUAAUCUGCAAAUGCUUUAAAGUAUAAAUAUUUUCGCUUGAAUGGUAUCAGGAUUCAUACGAAUGUUAUCAGUAUGAGAGUAAAUUCUGUUGCAAUUGGCUUGUCAGUUGUUUUUGCGCUUAACAUAACAUUGUUGAUUCAAUCGGUUAUGGGCGAUGAUUGGUCCCUUUCAUGUGCCUCAAACUGUACCUGCAAAUGGACAAAUGGAAAGAAAUCAGCCAUCUGUAGUUCAUUGCAAUUGACUGCCAUCCCUACAACGUUGAGUACAGAACUUCAAGUGCUGGUGUUAAAUGACAACCAUAUUCCGUAUUUGAAUAGGGAAGAAUUUGCUAAUCUAGAGCUUUUAAAUUUACAGAGAAUAUAUUUGAAAAAGUCUGAGGUACAAUAUGUGCACAAGGAAGCGUUUAAGGAUCUAAAGAUUUUAGUGGAAAUCGAUUUGUCGGAUAAUAGAAUAGAAAUGUUGGACAAGGAUACAUUUAUGGGAAAUGAUCGCCUAAGAAUACUUUAUUUGAAUGGGAACCCUCUUAAGAAAUUAGUGGCAUAUCAGUUUCCUGUUUUACCACAUUUAAGAACACUUGACUUACACGACUGCCUGCUGUCCUAUAUAGAUCCCAUGGCUUUGGCAAACCUGAAUAUGCUAGAGUUUUUGUAUUUAAAAAAUAAUUUACUGGAGAAUUUGAGUGAAUACGUAUUUCAGCAUAUGACCAGUUUAAAGACAUUGGUACUGGACGAGAAUCCUUGGCAGUGUAAUUGUAAAUUGAGAAAAUUUCGUUCCUGGUAUGUCAAUAGCAAGUUGUACAGCGAAAGUCUAUUGUGUAAGGGACCUCCUUAUCAUAAGGACAAAACUUGGGAUAGUGUGGAAGAAGAACAGUUUGGCUGCUCACCUAAAGUGGAGAUAUUUAACAAUGAAGAUGUUCAGAAUAUUGAGAUUGGCAGCAAUGUCACAUUUAGCUGUUUGGUGUACGGAGAUCCUUUACCGCAAAUUUAUUGGGAACUCAAUGGUAAAAUCUUAGAUAGUGAAAAUGUCAUGUUUGAGGCCGAAACCAUUGCCUCUGAUAAACUGUGGAGUAAUCUGACUGUGUUCAACAUGACCAGUUUAGAUGCUGGCACAUAUGUUUGCUCUGGCACUAAUGUGGUGGGAGUGGGUUCACAAAAUAUAAGUAUAUAUCUUACUGAAAUUGUUCAACAUGUUCUCGUUAAAACUCCGGAAACUUUUUGGUAUUUUGGCUUGAUAAUGGGUACCUUUGGUACUGUGUUUUUGCUGAUUCUUAUUUCAUUUGUGGCUUGCCUAUGCAAGCGAACAACCCGUCAAAGAAGACAUCCUAGUAAAACCGGUGUAAAGCCCAGCGUAAGUUUUAAUGAUCAAGAGAAAAAGUUACUGGAUUUAAGCAUCACUACUACGACUAAUGAUCGAGUAGACAGUUGUCUAGACAACAACCACAGCACUGCCACGGCAAUGAGCAAAGCAGAAUCAGUGAUGGGUUUUGAACCAAUUGAAAUCCAUUCCUCAGAUAAUCAUAGAUCAAGUGUACACGGUCACCAUGCUCUUAUGAUGGGAACACAUCAUCAAUUGCCACAUCCACAGCAAAUGCAACAUAAUCAUUCUCAUAUGCCACCCACUAGUGCUGCUGGCUCCCAUGUGUCUAAUCAUCCACAACAAUUGAUGGCUGUGAGUGAUGGCUCGUGUAGUGUGGUAGGAAUACCGACUUCUUUGGCAACUUCAGUAAACUCAGAUGGGCAUAACAAUCAUAUAUCAGAAGAAUUUCCACUUAAUGUUGGGGUGUUUCCCCCGCCACCAGAAUUUUGUUCGAAUAUAGUGGCGAACCCUACUUACGGCAACAUUUUUAUUAGUGUCUCGGUAACACAAGACAUGCUUGAUGGAGCUGAUAUCAGCAUGUACCCUGACUUAUUGAACAUACCCCAGAGACUACAAGAUAAUGGUAUGUCAUCGGUAGUCGUCACUCAACAGACUUCAAGCAACUCGAAUCAAGCUAAUUCUCAUGGUGCUGAUACAAUGUCACCUCCACCAUCAGCACAGCAGCAUCAACAACAGCAAUUAACUUCUUCCAUGGUUGGAAAUCACUCUUCUGUUAAUGUUAAUUCAUUUGCCACAUUACCCCGAAAUAACCAGAGGAGAGGAAUUCUCAAGAAGGAUUCAUCAUUGCAGCAUCAGCAUCAACAACAGCUACCACAGCCCAAUCUCUACACUCAUGAUGAAAUUGUCUCCUAUCACAACCUGGACACAACAUACAGUCAAGGCUAUCAGGAGCACCAAACGGAGCUAAUAGGCCUUCCACCUCCGCCACCACCACCAUCGGUAAAAUGCCAUCAUGGCCAACAUUCAACAAAUGCUACCUCCAAGUCUUGUUCAGGUUGCAUGUCAACAGCUUUACAACCACCAUCUGCCUGUCCCAGCCCGCCUAAAGAUGCCACACCCCUAAGACCACUAUAUAAAACGCAAAAUGGUUCAGCGUGCUUAAAAUAUGACAAUAUGGGCAGACGAAUAACGGCCAGUGGCAACUCGACUCUGUCUUUGCCCGACGAAGAGCGCCUAGAAAGCGAAACACUGUUCAACGAUGGCAAUCCGCUGACGAAGACUCCCGCCUCCAAAGUAGCAACAAAACUACAAGACUGCCAAUCGUCAUCCCCCACGCCAACAUCAGGGACAACACAAAAUAAGGCUGCAUCGAAGAAUAUAGACACGGGUAGCGAAUUUGUGUCACUCUAGUAUUACGGGACCCAAGUGUAAAUAGUGAGAAUGAGAGCUUUGCAAAUUAGUAACAUUAGAAAUAUGAAUAUUUAUUAGUUUUUUAUUUAACUAGAUUCACUAACUAUAGUUAACACUCCAUUCAAAACUCAUAUAUAUAUACAAACACACAAACUCUUACACUUAAUAAAAUGACAAAACAAUUAAACUUUAAAAUAAUUAAAAGAGGAAAUAACAAUCAAAUCUACUUGUAACACAAAAAAUAAUUAAAACCAAAUCGAAGAAAGGAGUACAUUUACAGCACAGCUUGAGUUGUAGUUGUAAUAUGGCAAAACAUGCAAUUUCGAAAAUGUAAGAAGUGCUGUAAUUAAAUUCUUAAAAAUUAGUAUUAAUAAAAUUUAAUACAUACAUUUUGAUUAUAAAUCUUGAGAAAUACUAAAGAAAUUUUAAUUAGCAUUUUAUGGUUGCUUCCGAUAAUAUCAAAAAAAAAAAAAAAAAAAUUUGCAAUUUAUUGUCAUUUUAUUUUUCUUAGUUCCAAAAUCAAAUGAUAAAAUCAAAAUAUGUAAAUAUAAAUGGUUCUCAUCUUUAGGUGAAAUAUCUGAUUUAGGUUUUUUAUAUGUAUAUAAUUUAUUUUUUCUCUUCUGACCAAAGUACUUUUGAACUUGCAAAUCAAUUAAGAAGAUUUUGCAGUAUUCUGCAGAUUUUUUUUCUAUAUUAUUUAUGGUAGUUAUUAGUAGUUAGGGCUUUUAAGUCACAGUUUUUUAUAAAUUAUUUAUAUUUUUUGUUAGAAUUGAGAGAAAUUAAAAAUGAUAAUUUUUAGUACAAAUUAAAUCAAUUGGUGUUACAAAUGAGAAAAUAAAAAAUGGAGAACUCUACUUAGAUUUAUCGUUUUAUAUGUCUUUAUAUUGUAUAGUUAUAAAUUGAUUUUUUAGAAUCACAAUAAAUAGAUGAGCUUACAUAAGAAAAAACUAUUUACUAAAACUAUAUACGUAUAAUUUUGUUAGUUUUUAAUAAAAAACACAUUGUAAAUUAACACAUUUUGCUAUAAGUCUACUUCCAAAAUAAAUGUAUGAUUAAUAAUAAUUUGUAGUUUCAAAUUUUUAAUUUUUUUUAGUUAUUUUCCUAAAAAUGCAUGUAGCAGCUUCAAACUAAUAAGUUUUAUUUUUUGUUGUUUUCGCACAGGUUUUUUAAAUUAUCGGAGAUCAGAGAUCAUAGAUAACUAGUCUUAUUGAAAUUCUGAGAUACUACAACCUUUGACUUUAUUUUCAGUCUCUAUUUUUUUAAGUAAUAUGUAUGACAUAUUUGUUUAUUUCUGAUUAGUUAGAUUCUGUGUUCAAAGGCUGAACAAGAAUGAACAAAAAUAUCCAAAAAAUGUUAAGUAUUUAAAAUGAUUUUUUUUGCUAUGGAUGUUGUAGAUUUUGUUUGUAAACUACCGGCUUAUUGUCUGUCUAUUCUUUUGUCUGACCAAUCCAUUUUGUAAUACAAUGAAUGUGUUCUUUUCUGUUUAGCCUUAACCAUUUAAACAUUUUUUUCAAUUUCUUUCAGCUGAUAAAACAAAAUAAAAUAAAUAAACAUCUGAGAUAAUUUUCUUAUUCACAUGGUAGAUGUUCUACAUACAUACAUUCGUAAAUAGAUAUAAAUUGUUAAACUUUUUCAUUAUUUUCUCAUUUUACAGAAUUUGCAUUAAAUAAUGAUAUCCAAACUUGAAUUUAAAUGAAAAAAAAUUGUAAAAUAUUUCCACAUGCAAUAUCUUCAAUUAGCAUCAUCAUAUCUACAAAACAGAAAAUAAACAAACAAACAAAAAGUACUAAUAAUAAAUUAAACAAACAAUUUAAGUUUUUAAUCCAAUUGUGCUAUAGCCAUUAGGUUUUAAAUAAAUAUGUGAAAACAAUAAUUAUUGUUAUUAAAAAAAAUAGAACAAAACAAAAUAUAUAAAAUUAUUCAUUUUUUAUUUUGUUUAGUCAAAAAUAA